AUGACGAUGCCUGAGGGCGAAGCAGCGAAGGUGCUUGGUAUUGCGGCAGCGGGCGCGGGGGGCGCCAUAUCCCCGCAGCUCGAACACGUGGAUGCUAGCGAGAUGAUGGAGAGCCGCGACGCUUUACUACAGGCGAUUCGGGAUAUAGAUGUGAGGCUUGCUAAGCUUGAGGUAGCGGAUUCGGGCUCCGCGGACUAUAUCAUAGCUAGGAGAAUAUAG